GUUGCACUGGCUUGAUCUAGUAAGAUGACUACUAUGCAAGAGGGACGGGUUGUGAUUGUUGGCAGUGGACUCAUUGGAUGCAGCUGGGCCAUGGUAUUUGCUUCUGGUGGUUUCCAAGUAAAACUUUAUGAUAUUGUGCAAGAACAAGUAACAAGAGCCCUGAAAAAUAUCAGUGUACAGAUGAAAGAACUUGAGGAGAUGGGAAUGUUGAAAGGAACACUGAACUCUGAGCAGCAACUGUCUCUUAUUAGCGGCUGCACAGAUUUAAAAGCGGCAGUAGAGGGCGCCAUUCACAUUCAGGAGUGCACACCUGAGAACUUAGAACUGAAAAAGAAGAUUUUUGGCCAGUUAGAUCUUAUUGUCAGUGACAACGUUAUUCUAAGUAGCUCGACAUCCUGCCUUUUACCUACAAAAUUGUUCACUGGACUGAAGCAUGUUAAACAGUGUAUAGUGGCGCAUCCUGUAAACCCACCAUAUUAUGUGCCUCUGGUUGAACUGGUUCCCCAUCCAGAAACAGACCCUUGUACGUUGGAGAAAACAUAUGCUUUGAUGAAGAAGAUUGGACAGUCCCCAGUUAGACUAACCAAAGAGAUUGAUGGCUUUGUUCUGAACCGGCUCCAGUAUGCAAUUAUAAGUGAAGCAUGGAGGCUUGCCGGUGAUGGAAUAAUCUCUCCUGGGGAUCUAGAUCUUGUGAUGUCUGAUGGUUUGGGGAUGCGAUAUGCUUUUAUGGGACCUCUGGAAACUAUGCAUCUGAAUGCAGAAGGAAUGCUCAAUUAUUGCGAGAGGUACCGUGAAGGUAUAAUACGUGUCUUGAAAAGCUUUGGGCCAAUACCAGAUUUUGCUGGAGCAACAGAAGAGAAAAUCAAUGUGGCAAUGUGUGAAGAGACUCCAGCUGAUUCAGAGCACUUGAAUGCCAGAAGGCGCUGGCGAGACAACUGCCUGGUACUCUUGGCAAAGCUGAAAAAGGAAAUAAAAGAGAAGGAUUUACAUCAACAUUAAGCC